UCCACACUGGCAUAUUUAACAGCUUAUCGAAUUUUUCAGGGUCUAAAACCCGUCGGGACCGAGCAUACUGAUCUGCUGUUCCGCAGGCUAUCAUAUCUUUUUGAAUCGUCUGAUCCUCUGUGUCUCCUUGGUGGACUUAGGGAGACAUGAACCGAUGGUAAGAGGCCAGAUGUAUGUAUGUAUGAUGAGUGAACUUGCAAAGCAGAGGCAAUCUAGUGAGAUGGGAUGGCAGGAAGGAAGCCUAAGCUCUCCUCUACUCGUCUGCGAUGCCAGAUGCCACCCAUUUCGUGGAUUCAUAGUCUGUCCCAUGCCCUUCCGCGUUCCUCGGAGAUAAGCAUUCCAUCCCUUCCUUGCCGAUACUUUCGCGGGCAUUUGGGCGCUGCUGGUCUACUGUUCCCUUCCCGAAAGCCUUCAGGCACGCAUAAUCGCUGCUACUAUACCUUUGCUCCUGUGCUAAGCUCACGCAUGAUGGGAGGAUCCAGCGGCCCGUACAUGCCGCGGAGCGUCGGGCGUGCUGACAUUGAACUGAUCGGUGAAGAGCGCUCGGCACCAGUGUUUACAAGUGUUGCCGGCAGCUUCACCCGUCGAUUGGUAUCUAGAGCGGGUAAGCAAUCAUGUUAUAAUGGCGCUUUGAACCUACGGGGCUGGCGUGAGACCCAGAAAGAGAUAGUCAAUAUGCUAUCGACAUGCAGCUUGCGUUUCUGUUCCUGCAGCUGCAGAUGCAGAUGCAGAUGCGAGAGACCCACUCAAUGGACUUCGUCGAAGGCUCCAAGUCAGAAGAAGAACCACGGAUCAAUGGACGGGCAGGAGCCAAUGGAUUGCUCAAAGUAGGCCGGAAUAGAGGACUAUGGCAGGCAUACGACAUAUGACGUGCGCGGAAGUACGGGGCGCAGAUGCAGCCUUCCACUUGGGCUGACAUGUUCAGAUCCGCAUGUGAAAUAUAGACGGGGAUGCGAUUGCGGAUGAUAUGCAGGUACGCCGUUGUGGAUGUCGUGUCGGGCUACAUAUGCGGCCUCGUCUCCGAUCCGCCGAUGAAAUCGCUACAUG